AGCGCCUGCAGCCUGGGCGGACGGAUGAAUGGACGCUCCUCCGCUGGCUGGGUGCCCAGCAUGUACGGAGGAGCAGGAGGUUUCGGGACCCGCAUAGCCCAGUCCUCCAACUCCUCCUCAUCCUCUGCAUCACUGAACAUGGGCGGAGGGGCCGGCGUGGUCGUGGAUGGGAAGUUGACCAUGCAGAACCUCAACGACCGCCUGUCCACCUACGUGGACAAAGUGCGCUCUCUGGAAGCAGCCAACAGGAAUUUGGAGCAGCAGAUCAGAGACUUUUAUGAGAAGAGAGCUAACGAUGUCCCUGACUACAGUUGCUACUACGCCACCAUCAGUGACCUGAGAGCUCAGAUUGAAAAGCAAUGGUCAGAGAAUCAGAACAUCAUGUUGCAGAUCGACAACAGUCGGCUGGCUGCAGAAGACUUCAAAACAAAAUAUGAAUUUGAGCACCACCUGCACAAGGUAGUGGAGGCUGAUGUGCUUCGUCUCCGCGGGGUCCGGGACAGCAUGACUCUUACCAUCAGCGACCUGGAGAUGCAGAUAGAGGGUCUGAAGGACGAGCUAGCAUGCAUGAAGCAGACCCACAAGGAGGAGACAACUCAGAUGAGGCAGCAGAGCAAGGGUUCUGUGAAUGUAGAGGUGGACAUUGGCUGCUCUAUUGAUCUGUCAAAGCUCCUGGAGGAAGUGAGGGAGCAGUAUGAAAAUGUGGUGAAGAAGAACAAGCAUGAAGUUGAAAAAUGGUUCCAGUCUAAAGUGGAAACCCUCCAGAAGACUAUUGUUACCUGUGAAACAGAAGCGAAGGCAAGUGCCAAAGAGGUGGCAGAGCUGAAGAGGACGUACCAGAGUUUGGAGAUCAACCGGAACAGCGCCUAUGCAGAGCUCGAGCUCCUGGAGCAGAACUUGAAAGAAGUGAAGACCUGUUACGGCGCUCAGCUCUGCGAAAGCCAGAGGCGCGUCACCAUGAUGGAGACGGAGCUGCAGCAGCUGAAAGCCUCCAUCGAGCAGCAGCAGAUCUGUUACAAGCAGCUGCUGGACAUCAAGAUGAGGCUGGAGAUGGAGAUCGCUGAGUACAGGAGGCUGCUGCAGGGAGAUCAGUGUGUGCAACAGCUGACUACCCAGUGCACCCAGGCCCCCCAGGCAACCCAGGUCACCCAGUGCACCCCGGUCGCCCAACCGACCCAGGUCCCCAAGAAGGUGGAACAAAAAGGGGAAGAACAUAAACCCCACAUCGAGAGGCGGGUGAAGACCAUUGUGCAGCAGGUCGUCGAUGGACAGGUGGUGUCCUCCGACGUUGACACCCAAGUGGAGACCAUUCAGUAAUGCUGCUGCUAAACCCUAUACACUGACUUAAAUGGCGUAAAUGAUGUUCAGUGUAUCUCUGUCACAUGGGUUUAAUUAAGGCUUUAACCGUAAU